CAGCCUGAGAGAGUGACCCAAAAAAAGAGUAGGAAAUGGAGACUCAACUCGAUAGAGCACCGCUCCCGCACGGCAAAGGAACCACCUUCCUCCGGACCUGUUUCAAUGGCCUCAAUGCCUUAUCAGGUGUUGGGAUACUGUCGAUUCCUUUUGCUCUGUCUCAAGGGGGAUGGUUGAGCUUGACGUUUCUCUUCCUAGUGGCAAUCCUGUGCUGGUACACGGGGUUACUCCUGCAACGUUGCAUGGACGCGAGCCCCCUCAUCAAGACCUACCCCGACAUCGGCGAACUGGCCUUCGGGCGCAAAGGAAGGGCCGUAAUAUGCGUCUUCAUGUACCUCGAGCUCUAUCUGGUCGCGGUCGAGUUCCUCAUACUCGAAGGCGACAACCUCGACAAGCUGUUCCCUAACCAAGAGUUCAAGUUGGGCCAUUCGAAAAUCGGGGGCAGGCAAGGGUUUGUCCUGCUGGCCAGCCUUGUGGUCCUGCCGACGACAUGGCUGAGAAGCUUGGGUACUCUCGCCUAUUUGUCAGUCGGAGGCGUCUUGGCUUCGAUUAUAUUGGUCCUGUGCGUGUUGUGGGUUGGUGCGGUUGAUGGUGUGGGGUUUGACGGAGAAGGGACGCUUCUGAAUUGGAGUGGAAUACCGACUACCAUAAGCUUGUUUGCGUUUUGCUAUUGUGGCCAUGCAGUGUUUCCCACUCUCUGCAACUCCAUGAAAGAUCGAAGUCAAUUCUCAAAGGUACUGCUGGUUUGUUUCCUGACGAGCACCGCCACGUACGGGUCGAUGGCGGCCCUGGGCUACCUGAUGUACGGCGAGCACCUGAAAUCCCAAGUGACGCUGAAUCUCCCCAUCAGGAAGAUGAGCUCCAAGAUCGCCAUCUGCACUACGCUGAUCAAUCCCCUCACCAAGUACGCAGUCAUCAUCAACCCGAUCGCGACGGCGCUCGAGGAAACCUGCCCCUUGCGCGACAGCCGGCCCAUCAGCAUGCUGGUCAGGACGGUCAUCGUCGUCAGCACGGUCAUCGUGGCGCUGGUUAUCCCGUUCUUUGGCUACGUGAUGGCGUUCACAGGUUCGUUCCUGAGCGUCACGGUGUCCAUACUGUUGCCUUGCUUCUGCUAUCUCAAGAUCGACAGAGGCUUGAAGAAGAGUAGGAUAGAGAUCGGAGUUAUAGUUGGGAUCAUAUUGGUCGGGCUUUUCGUCGGUGUUGUGGGUACUUAUUCUUCUUUGAAACAGAUUAUGGAAAAUUUGAGAAAGUGACACGAUUUAACUCAUUUGAGGAAUCGAAAGCUAAAGGCAAGAGAAUCGAGAACUUUUCUUUAUAAAAUUGUGACAUUUUUUAUUUGAAAUUGAUAUAAGUCGAUUAAGUACUUCCAGAGUCAUCGGUAUCAAACCCUUUAGGUGUGCCCCUAUAUUUGGGGUGUGGGAAAAAAAAUAAGGAAAUGCUUGUACUGCCCAAAAUUAACGAUUCUCAUGAUAGCCGGUCUAGUUCAUAAUUCUAAUUUAUUAAAACUAGUGAGUAGUCUGGUUCCAAGUGUUGAGCUGUCCAACGAGACAGA